CGUUCCCCACGGCGCGGUUGUUGCACUCGUCCCCCUUCCCCGUCCUACAAAAGAGGGGAAACGAGGGGGAAUCGAGGCGGAUCGUCUCUUCGAUUUUCGUUUCCCUCCUCUUCGCAUUCGGAUCUCGACUCGGGCGUUGCGGGCAGAAUUUGCUCCGAUGGGAACUCCGGAGUUUCCGGAUCUCGGGAAGCACUGCAGCGUCGACGACUGCAAGCAGAUCGAUUUCUUGCCCUUCACCUGCGACAGAUGCAGUCAGGUGUUUUGUCUUCAACACAGGGGUUACACCAAACAUCUGUGUCCGAAUGCAAAUCAAAAGGAUGUGACUGUCCUAAUUUGUCCGCUCUGUGCUAAAAGCGUCCGCCUGGUGCCAAAUGAAGACCCGAAUAUCACUUGGGAGUCCCAUGUUAACAGCGAUUGUGACCCGUCAAACUAUCAGAAAGCAACAAAGAAAAAGAGGUGUCCUGUUCCAGGUUGCAAAGAAACACUAACAUUUUCCAACACAAUCCGAUGCAGGGACUGCACCAAAGAACACUGCUUGAAGCAUAGGUUUGGACCAGACCACAAGUGCAUUGGGCCGAAGAAACCGGAUCCCAGCUUCCCUUUCGUGAAUCUGCUACGGAGAAGUCAGAAAGCGGAAUCAGUAUCGAACAGUGCUCCUAUUGGUUCUUCAUGGUGGGGCUCGAGCUUUCUAAAUGCAGCAUCAAAUGCAAAGGCCUCUGCGGAAGCUGGUAUGCUGAGAUUGAGUAAUGCAACGACGGAAGCGUUCCAAAAGGCAAGAGAUGGAAUAGCACAAAGCAGCAGCAGGUUCGCCCUUAUGGAGCAAUGUGUUCAAUGCCAAGCAAGGUUUUCCACAGUGUCAGAUUUGAUCAAGCAUGCCGAGAGAUGUCAUCAAAACACUGUUCAGCUAAAGCGUAACGGGGUAACAAUUGACAUUUGCCCGAAAUGCAGCAAGGGAUUUCAGGAUCCUGUAUUGUUGGUGGAGCAUGUCGAGAGGGACCAUGGAGGAACUUCAAAAGUUGUCCAUUCAACUUAAUUGAAUUACCACCUGUUUCAAUAUCUUGUUCCAUUUGUAACUGUGAUCAAUGAAAAUAUUACUUGAUUGAUAUAUGGAACUUUUAGUAGUUUCUAUUUUUGGUUCCCUUUAUCUUACAAACAUGAUUCAUGCUAAGUGGUAAAUUAUGGCAUCCUUUCUUCCU